UCAUCCCCCCCGCACCUCCUCCACCUCCACCCGGCUCCCCCCUCUCCCCCUCGCCGAGGGAGAGCCACAGCGAUCGCCGUCCCGCCGCCCGCGCCGCUCGCUCUCCACGCCUUGUAUCGUUCUAUUGAUAAGAAUUAGGCAUCAUCGACAUUAGUAUCAAAAACAUCACCAUCAUUACCAUCGUGUGUCCCUGACGCUUCGGGGAGAGGCGUGGGGGCCGGAGCGACCGUCAUGUGCAAGCGGCUCGGGCCGUGAGCGCGCUGCUGCUGCUGGUGCCGGGAUGGGGACAGGCAGGAACACACGGCUCUUCCUGCCCUACAUGCUGCUGCUGCUGCUGAUGUCUCCACGCGGCCAGCAAGCACGACUGCUGGGUUCUGACUCUGGACACGGUUGCCUGUUCCAAGACGGCCUCUGCAGACGCGACGAGGCUUGCGUGGACGAUGGGAUCCUGGGCAGCUGCGUGAAGGCCGCCUCCAUCUCGGCGGCCGCCCAGCACCGACUGAGCGCGAUCCUGCGGCAGCUGGCGACUCCAGGUGGCUUCCCGUCGGGCACCACCCACGGAGGACGCCGGCCCGGCUCCGGCUCCCGAGCGCCCUACGGCUCCGUGUGGACGCCGUCCGACAGUGGUGGACGCGAGCUGCUCCCAGCCCCGGACCGCUGGGACCUCUACCCCUCGUGGCAAGGCUACAUCCGACGACUUCCCGACAAGGAGCUGUCCAGGCUGCCUCCUCCUCCUGCUGCUGCUGCUGUUGCCACUCCUCUUGCUGGUGACUCCCGCGUGCAGCUCCGGCCGCACCAACCGGCCGCUCGGCCCGAGUCGUGGGGGAGGUCGUGGGACCGCCUGGGGCCCCAGGACCUGCGGCCCGGCGCCCGUCUGCUCGGCCAGCUCCUGGGCCCGGGCUGGGCGACCACGCACGGCCCCGGGGCUUCGGGGCUGCACCCAGCUGGUGGCCGGCAGACGUCGGUGGGAGCGGCCCAACAGCAGCAGCAGCAGCAGUCCGCCUGGGAAGGUGGCGGUGCCCUCGCAGACACGUUUGACAAAGCGACGCUUAGGAAACAGCUGCAGCAAGCAUUCUCAGGCGCCCACUCGCGUCCCUCGAGCCCUGCCGUGGGAGGUCCCGACAAAGCCCAAGCCGGUGGCGGCACGUCCGGCGUAGCCCCGGCACCCUCGGCCAGGCCGGGCGCCGCCGGGGAGGGGCACGAGAAUGUCCACAGCCUGACGCGCGAGUGGGGCCACGCGGGGCCUGCUGCUGCUGGAGGUGGUGGCAAGCCGACGGGGGGGCGGACCGGACUCCUGGCAGGGGGCCUGCCGCUCUCGGCUCUGACCCCCCAGCCAGGCGCGGCCGCGCCACGGCCGACGUCAGAGCAGCCGCCACGCGGCGGGGCCGGCGGUGGUGCCGGCGGGCGCCCGCAGGGGGCGGCAGGCGACGCAGGAGGCGCCUACGCCUACAUCGUCACCAACAAGAACCCCCUGCCGGAGCACGAGGCCGAGCGACUGAUCGCGGCCCUGGCUCUUCACGUCGGACUUCCACCGUCCGUCUUCACCCACAUCAGUGUGGCCGGGGCGGCUGUGGCCUUCCAGCUGGGUGGCGACCUCAGCGGCGCGUCGCUCGGCGCCGUGGCCAACUCUGCAGUGCGUCAGCGGGAGGAGCUGCAGGCUGAGACGGGGCUGCACAUCCUGCAGGCUGGAGUCGGGGAGCGAGCGCCCCCGGGCCAGCUGUCCGAUGAGGGUGGCGCCGUGGCGGCCGUGCCGGGGCUGCUCGUGCCGACGGUGGCGGGCGCCGUGUGCCUGGGCGGCGUGCUGCUGGGCUCGCUGCUCGCCUACUGCCUCCUGCGCGCCCGCCGCGCCACCAAGAGCGGCCACCGCUAUGCCAGCCUGGCCGCCGCCGCCGCCCACAGCAGCCCCGACCCCACCUCCGACUACCAGGAGCUGUGCCGGCAGCGCAUGGCGAUCCGCACGGCCGAGAAGGGCGGGGGCUGCGGGGAGCCCCCCCCCGCGGGGGUCGUCUCCGGCGGCGUGGGGGUCGCCCCCCACGCCCCGCACGGCACCCACCCCUCGCGCCCGUCGCGCAUGAGCAGCCUCUCCUCGCAGCUCAGCGACGGGGGGCCCCUGAGCCCCUCCCCGCGGAGCAGCGUCUCGUCCUGGAGCGAGGAGCCGGCGCCCUCCAACCUCGACAUCACCACGGGCCACAUGAUCCUGUCCUACAUGGAGGACCACGUGCGGAACGGGGACCGCCUGGAGGCCGAGUGGGACGCGCUCUGCUGCUACCAGGCCGAGCCCAACGCCUGCACCAUGGCGCAGAGGGCGGACAACACCGUCAAGAAUCGCUACGGCAACAUCCUCCCGUACGACCACGCGCGCGUCGCGCUCAAGGCAGAAGCCAACGCGGCCAACUCGGACUACAUCAACGCGAGCCCCAUCAUGGACCACGACCCCAGGACGCCCGUGUACAUCGCAGCCCAGGGUCCACUGGCCAACACCGUGGUCGACUUCUGGCAGAUGGUUUGGGAGAGUGGCUGCACGGUGGUGGUGAUGCUCACCCCGCUCAUGGAGAACCGCGUGGAGCACUGCUACCGCUACUGGCCCGAGGAGGGCUCCCGCACCUACCACGUCUACGAGGUGAACCUGGUGUCGGAGCACGUGUGGUGUGAGGACUUCCUGGUGCGCUCGCUCUACCUGAAGAACGCGCUCACGGCCGAGACGCGCACCCUCACGCAGUUCCACUACCUGAGCUGGCCCGACCAGGCGGCGCCCUCCUCCGCCGCCUCCCUGCUCGACUUCCGCAGGAAAGUGAACAAAUGCUACAGGGGUCGCUCGUGCCCGGUCAUCGUGCACUGCAGUGACGGGUCCGGCCGCACGGGCGUCUACAUCCUCAUCGACCUGGUGCUCAGCCGCCUCGCCAAAGGCACAAAGGAGAUUGACAUUGCGGCCACCUUGGAGUUCAUCAGAGACCAGAGACUCGGAAUGGUGGAAACGAAGGAGCAGUUCGGCUUCGCGCUCACGGCCGUCGCCGAGGAGGUGAACGCCAUCCUGAGGUCUCUGCCGACCAAGUGACGGCGCCCGCCCAGCCCACGUGCCCGCCCAGCCCACGUGCCCGCCCAGCCCACGUGCCCACCCGUCCCCGUCUGUCCGUCUCCUCGCCAGCCACGCCAACCCGCCAAUGUUGCUGUUUAGCUCGUUCGCUGUGCCCGUAUCCUCGUUGUCGUUUUAAGCGGUCGCCAUCGUCAUCAUCGUCGUGGUCAUCCUCGUCGCGGAGCGAUGGGCAGGGUCGGCGGGACAUCCUCUCGGUGUCCGCUGCACCGGAACGAUGCGCUGACUCUGCUGCUUCUGCUCCUUUUAAUCCCGUGUAUGACGACACCACAUGGAUAAUCAACACGCGUGUAUCAGUUAUUCGUAUGAAUUAUAUUAAUAUGUAUUGAAUGGGAGCUGGGGGGUUAAAACGACUGUUAUUAGCAUUCUUCCACAGAUGUAUUUAUUACACGGUGGAGCAGUAAAUAUUCAGCUGUGAACUGCCAAUUGUAAAUCUAGGAUAUGUCUUGACGCUAAAUAUGUAGGUGAUUCUGUAGCAUAACAUAUUUUCACGACAAUAUAUUAUACAUAGAUAUAUAUAUACAUCACGUAACAAUAUAACAUUGAGAUGCAUCUAUUCAGAAGUAGCUUAUAAUUGAAGGAAAAGGAGGAAAUAUUUACCAGUGUUGAAUAUCGUGACAUGUAUUUUAAGUGGAAAGUCAAUUAUGUUCUUACGUAUGAUACUAUCGCAGUAAAUUCCAUUACGUAUUCUCCAGGUGAUGACUCGAGAAGCAAACCAUGUGGUUGAUUAAAAUGACUUUGGAGUCUCGUGUCGCGGACGUGACGGUGCCGUUGGCAUGAUUGAGCAUCGGGGUGGAAUCGCCGAGGGGGGGGGGGGGUGUGAAAGCACAAAUGACAUCACCUUCAGGUGUUAAUCAUGCGAAGAUUCAGUUUUCCCGGAGAGGGGACCCAGUGAUUAAACACACGUGGCCUGACCAGCCUAUGGAGAGCGUCACUCGGCAUUCCCGAGCCCGAGGUUUUCCAGACUCAAUUCUUCACGACGCUCCACGGCCCGGCUUGCCCAGUGUCCUCGUGUACCUCCGUCCCAAGACUCAUUGGGUCGUGAUGUGCUGUACCUGCCUGAUGAUUGAUAAAUAUGUCCCGCGUGCAGUCGAGAGAGAGCUGAGUCACAAUAAUAUAGAAACUGUGUGUACAUGCAAGUGUGGGGGGCGGCAGUGUUGUGUUUAUCGCACCGUUCUACGUCUGUUUGUUUAACUUCUUUUCGCACCUUACGUAGCCAACUUUGCCAAUCGGCGACCCGAGUUUGAUUCCUAAUUACAGCGGUGUAUAUUUGAACCGGGCCUGGGAAUCCCCUAGGUUGACUUAGCCUUAUCCGAAUAAAACAUCAGCACUGUGGAGACAAAGAGGGGGGGGGGGCGUGGUGCUGGCCACUCACCCCCCUCGUGUGCUGUGCCGGUCUUCAUAGGGGCUCCCUAACAGCACUUGUGCCCCAAUAGUCUGUUAAAUGCAAUGUGGGGGAUCCCCGUCUUUGUACGUGCAAGUGCUUGAUGUAGCGAGCUCUGCUUCAAGUCAAUUAGCACUCUCUACGUCACGUGGCGCCUGUUUAACAAUCAUCAGGCAAGUGCAGCAUGUCACGAUUUCAAUUUCUAAACGAAAAGGAGGUAAAACUCGAUAAACGAAUGACCUUUGGCAAGCUUGCCCCUAAGCCGUUCUCCCUCGUGCCACGGAGUCGCUGCAUGUGGGGCAUGAGUCGGGGGGCUCAAGGUGGCUCGUGCUGAAUAUUUCAUCAGAAAGCCACGGCAUUCUCUCCGGUAGCUCACUGAUCUGCAGCCAAAAGGUCACAAUUGCUGAAAAAAUGCAGGCACGGCAUUGACGUUAUCAUGCGCUGAUGCAACCCGCGAUGUUGCAGCAUGUGUGCGUGUGUGUGCGCGCGCGCGCGCAUUGCAGAGAUUGGACAUUUAUAUGGUGAUUCCUUCCAGUUUCUGCCACUGUAUUUCCAUCUUUAAAUGCAAGCUUACCGAAGCCCAUCCUCACGUGAACUUUCAUUCAUAUGCCAAUAAACUGUUAGGUUAGAAAAUAGUACUUUAAUUUUUUCAAAUGUAUUUUCUCAAAUCUGAAUAAACGUCGUUCUCAUGGGUGGUAGUAAGCAAUGUC